UAUGAUCAAAGAUUCAACAACAUUGAAGAUCAAUGAUCAACUUUAGUUCAGAAUUUAAUUGUUAUCUAUUUUUCUAAUAUAAUUGUUUAUUUAUUGUUAAUCAUUUUUAAUUAUCUUUAAGUGUCACUCCAGUUAAUCAACAGGGUUCAAUGUCAAUUCGUGAUAAAUUUCGUGAUCAAAUUCAUGAUCGGAUAAAAGUGUUGGUCUUGGGCGAUUCCGGUGUUGGUAAAUCAUGUUUGGUUAAUUUGAUUUGCAAGACUAACCUUUGGUCAAAGCCAAGCUGGACAAUCGGUUGUUCAAUUGAGAUUUUACUCCAUCAAUUUAACGAGGGAACACCAAACCAUCGGAGCUGCCUAAUUGAAUUAUGGGAUAUCGGUGGUUACAAGACUCAUUCAACUGCAAGAAAUUUAUUCUAUCAAUCUUAUCAUGGAAUCAUUUUAGUUCAUGAUUUAACUAAUCGUAAAUCUUAUAUUAAUCUUCGUAAAUGGUUGGGUGAGGUUCUCACUACCACCGAAUCAACUACAAGUGGGUCAACUUCAAUGGUUCCCUCAUCACCUCCAAUCUUAAAUUCCACUGGUUAUAAUAUGUCAUCAUCUUCAUUUAAUUCAAACUCUUUCGGUGCUGGAAUCAAUACUUCACCUUUAAAUACAACUAAUAAUUAUCGAGAUCAUUCAAAUAUAUCGACAACCUAUUCACCAAGUCAACAAUUAUCAUCUUCUCUAUCUUCACCCUUACUCUCCACUGUCACUUCUCCCGAUGAGUUUGACAUCGAAAUAUUUGCUGGUAAAAAUAUUCCCGUUCUUGUGGUUGGAACUAAAAAAGAUCUUAUCAGUCAAGAGAUUAACAGGCCACCUCGAACUUCAACUCUUACCGAAGAGUGUGGUGCCUAUGAGAUAGAAAUUAAUUGCCUUGAUAAUCGAGCUUUCGCUCCGGGAUUAACUAAUUGUGCUGAAUUAACUCGUUUCUUUGAUAAAGUUAUCGAAAGGAAAUACACUUUAUCCGAUCGAAUUAAAUCAAAUAGUUUACUCUUUAAUAGUAAACGAUCUUAUCUCGAUUAAUUUGAUCCAAUCCAAUUUUAAUCCAAUCGUUAAUUGUACCAUUCCGUUGAUAUAAUUUAUACAAUACAAAUCUUGUUUAUCCACAUGAAACUUUAACUGUCCUGUUGUCACCUUCAAACGAAUUGAUCAACAAUAAAUUUCACUAUUGAUCGGA